AUGCACACUGGAGAAGAUUGCUUUGAAGGUCAUCUGCGACCGGAGAGGGAGGCUGAAACCCAUACAGGCUGUCUUUUGGGUUUCCUGCUUACAUGCAGGAGGUCGGAGCGUGCUGGACAGUUCCGGAUCCAAACGGGUGGUGUGCGAAGUUCUGUGGCCUCUUCCAUCUGCAGCUUGGCAGAAGCUUGUCGAAGCCUUUGCUUCGUAGAGGACACCGGCAAGUGGCCUAAACCUUUAGUCCACCGGAGACUCGCCUUCAUCCCCAAGGAAGACGCAGGAGAUCGUGUUUUCAAUGACCGCCAAAGGUCAGGCAGUUAG